GUUGCAAUGUUGGACUUCAGAGACAAAGUACGGGAAUAUCAAUCGCACGCAACCAAAUCAAUGGGUUCCCUAUGGACUGGUCACCCAUUAGGUCCUCCUAUAGUUGUUCACUGCAGUGCAGGCAUUGGCCGAACCGAAACUGGAGUCCAAACCGAACCCCUUUUCAAUGAAAAAGAGGAACAAAUGACUGAUUCAUUCUUUGUUGAGAUCAUUUGGUCCGUCGGCUUUCAAUUGGUCUCCCAAUUCAUUCUCGUUUGCGUCGACCAGACCUUCUUCUUUGCGGUCUUCUUCGGGUUUGGCAAUCACUGCCUGUUCUGGUGUCUCAUUUUGAUUGUCGCCGGCAUUGGUGAAUCCACUCUUGAGAGCAUAGCGUGUAGUUCUUCGGCCUUAGCUUUGAUGUCAGUCUUGGAUCCGGUCAAGUCUUCGUCCUUCUUCUGCAGCUCAAAUCAUUUUCGAUGGAGUCUUUGCGGAUCAAAGUCUUCUUCAGCUGUCCCUCCAAUUGGUUAUACUCUUGAGAAAGACUCCAAUAAC